AUGACAAACACCUUUGAACUAAUCUUGCAAUGCACAGCGACGAAAGAACUGCUACGAGAUUGUUCCAACCGGAAGAACGGCCUUCAGAAGAUAGAUGCUGAAAUCUGCGCGGUGAAGGUGAGUGUGAAUAUACGUUCGGGCGGAACGGAAGAGCCAAACGACGAAGUGGAACGACCCGGGCGAUUGGAACCGUCACCGAGCGACCUGUCAUCGACAACGCACAGCCUGACGAUCAGUUUUUCGCAGAUCAUACAUCGGAAACGAAACGUUUUCGGCGGUGGAGUUCGAGAUGACGAAUUGCAUAACGACGACGACAAAGGGGUAGGAACAUCGACACGAUUGGCUGACCGCCUCGCGAUGCACUCAAGCCUCUCUAUCUCUUUCGCCAUCGGCGGCUUCCUCGUCACUCUGCUCGCCUCACGUCAGGCCUGCACUAAACCGAUUUCGCCCGUUGCACUCAGCGACUCGCUGACUGCGAACGACCUCGAAAAGGUCGGAUACAUGCUUCAGCAGCUACGAGACGUAGCCGAGAGAAAAUUCUUCGGCCCCGAAAGCAUCGACUUGAACGCAAACCCUCAGCUCAUGGUAAGAAUGACAAUUUUUAUGUUUUUUGCCAAAUGUAUACAGCAAGCAGCCAGGGUAAGUCUUCAUUAUCCCCACAGGGGUUAGGA